AACCGAAGACCGCCGUUGAUCUACAGUAAAUGUAGUCCGUUUUGUUUUCCACCGGUGAGAUAAACAACUAUGGAGUUAUCAUCACUCAUAAAGAAGAUCGGACACUCCUUAGUGGAAAUCAGAGUUCGGGCUCUUAAAAAUAUCAGAAGCAAACUGGAUCAUGGUCUCAUCGCCAUUCCUGAUCUGGUCCAAGAAAGGAUGCUGUUUGUCUUCCUUUUGGAAUGGUUUAAUUUUCCGGAGGUUCCAAUACAGGAGGAAGUUCUGGAGUUGAUCGGCACGCUGUCCAAGCACCCAAGCGGAGCCCAAAUGCUACGGGAGGUAGGGGCUGUCGAAUUCCUAACACAGCUCUCGCCUAAUGUGGAUCCUCGCCUCCGAACAAUCGUAGACGGCAUCUUCGAUCAGCUCUUCCACCUCCCAGAGGCUCUGCCUAGUUGUCCACCCACAACCUCCUACGAGCCACACUCUGUUCCCUCGCUGCAGACAGAAGACGACUCGUCGGCUAGGGGAUAUUUCCAGUGCAGUAAACCCAAGCAGACAGAUGCUCCCACCCCCAGAGUAUCAUUCAGUACUUCUGUAAGAUGCUUGAAGUUCUCUGUUUUUCCAUGGCUGUCCUUGAACACAACCGAUCGACAUAUAUUGUCAUCAAAUGAAAGUUCCCUCAGAAGCGACAAUCACAAUUUAGUACGAACCACCUGCGAGCUGCUUCGUGACGUCAUCAUGCAAGACUUCCCUGCCGAAAUAUUCCUGCAAAGGCCAAGUACAGUUCAAAGUCUGCUGUCACUUCUCGGUCUGAAUGUUGAUGGUGAUGUCAGCUACCUGACGUUUCAGGCAUUGGCCUGUCUGGAACAGCUUUGCAGGAACUUGAGGAGCCGCCUACGUUUCUACAGAGAUCCAAGCUUCUGCUCAGCCAAGCAAGACCCUGUUUCUCAGAACUCGUCUAUCUCCUAUCCUCAGGAGGUGAGGGCUACCCAACACUCGGGAGUCUCUUCCCCUGAGGAAAUCUCCACCAGACCCUCUGUGGUGGGCAGACCCGGUCAGCGGGUACGUGGGGAUGGCCAGGACGGAGAUGCUGCCUCUUCUAGCGGUAGCAGCAGUCAGAGAGGGGCUCCCCCCAGGCCAGCCCAACAGUCUCCCCUCCCGCAGCCCCACCCGGAGCUCCCUCCGGAGAUGGAAGCGGAGGACUCGCUGGAGCUGCAGCUGCAGCAGUGGAGCCUGGCUAGAUUCGCCGUGGAGGCCGUGGAGCACGCUCUCCCUCUCAUCAGGACAGAGAGCCUGAAGGUUUUCCAACGGGUGCUAGAGCUGCUGACAGAGGCACAGGGGCUGCUGGGAGACAGCAUAGCCCCUGAGGUGUGGGACGAGCACAGCCUGACUGCGAUAGAGCUGAGGGAGAAAUUACAAGCAUGUAUAGAGACAUUGGGAGAUGUUAUAUGCUACUACCAUGGCAUGACUUCCUCUGAACAACCAGAAUCGUCUCUGAUCCACCACCGAAUGGUCUUCACGGGCACUGCCAUUUUCACAAUACGUCUCCUGCAAACCUUGUUACCUGUGGAGAAGGCUGGAGAUAACCUUCCGGAAAGUACAGUGGCUGCCAUUUUCCUCGUGUGUCUCGAUUCAUCCUUCAGUGUGGCGUACCCCCUCAUCCAGGAGUCAGCCGUGGCGUACCUAGAACAGGCUUGCUUUGAAAGAUACAGCCUGUAUCGUAGAGUAUCACGCGUUUCUCACUGCAUGGAGGCUACAUGCACUUUUUUAAAGGAUGCACAGGCUGAGGGUGAUAAGAAUUGGCAUGAGCUUUUGGAACUCGCUGACCAAGGAAUAGAUGCUUUUCUGUACCAUCAGCACUUACCGGUGGUGAAGGAGUGCGUCCAGAUUUGCUCCUACCUGUGGAAAUUUGCACAAGCAAGCCCGCUCCUGCAGUCGGAGAGUCAGAAGAUAUUUCUGAAACUUUUGUCUCAUCCUGUGUCCCCGGUGAAGGCAGAAACCUACUCCUGCACUCUGAGCAUUUUGAAGGAGUGUUUAGGAGUUCAGAAUGUGGCCAAACCUGCCACAUCCAUCUGCAGCGGAGUGCAUUUCUUGCUUCAUUCCCGUGUCCUGUAUGAGAUCAGUAUGUUUGGCCUUCAAGACCAAGCAAGAGAGGUGAGCGCUGCUGCCAAGGAUCUUCUACUCUAUCUGCUGAAGGGACGAUUGAUGAUGACAGCUGCAAGUUGGAGCAGAUUUAAUGAGGCACUUUACCCGGUCAUUCCCAUAUUACAGAGUUACGCAAGCACUGAGGACGCCCUGGGAAACUGUAUCCUGCUGAUAAGUGAAGCAUCUGCUGAAAAGGGAGAUGAGGUGUGCUCACUGACUGCUAGACUGCGGGCGGCCCUCCGGCUUCUGUUCACCAAGCAUCAUGCUGUGAGGAAUACAGCAGUCCAACAUCUGCUACCACACCUGACCAGCGCUGGUGGAGCCAGACCAACCCUGGACAGCUCCACACUGUCAUGUUUACCAGAUCUCUACGUUCUUAAUAAAAGUGUGGACAUCAAGUUGAGCAAUUCAGACAAGUCAUAUGUGAAGGUGGAGUCUGUAAAUAAGUUGUACAAUAUUCUCACGUCAGAAACGGUAGAUCUAGUUUUGCGUAGAUCUGCGGCUGAACAGCUGACUAUUGUUCUGCAAGAUUCAUCAAUGCAUGCUGUGCUGAAGGCCUUGGGUUUAUCAGACAUGCUCAUAUCUUUCAUCACGGAGUGUGUCAACAACAAUGUGGCGAGCAUGGAUUGCUUGUUGGAGCCCAGCAUAUGCAUGCUGAGGAAGCUGGUGUUUGCAGACCCCUCCCUGCGUCACAGUCUGGCUCAGCAGACGUCUCUUCUCAUCAUGCUGCUCAGAGCUUCUCUGUUGAUAAAGGAGAAGCAGGGUGAUGUGAGCGAGGCUGCCGCAUUGAUGUGCAUUCUGCUGUUUGAUGAAAUAGCAAGAAUGGAUGUUUGGACUGAUAAAGCUGGCCCAGACACAGGCCUGUCUUCCUUCUCACUGCCUGCUGCCAUUAUACGGAGGUAUAAUCUGCCGUUUCAAGCUCCUUCACACCAUGCAGUGAGUCCCUACUGUUCAGUUCUUCCUCCAUACUCAGACCUGCUGAGUCUGAAGCCUGCUUGGGAAGCACUGCAGAUCACCUGGAACACAGCAUGGCAUUCUGGGAUUGAUGGACUGCUAGAGCAUCUGAGGGGUUUUAGGAGUGAUGUACCUGAGUUUCAUGGUGAACUGGUGCUGACCGAAUCUCAGGCGGUGGUCUUAAGAAUAAGCAACUUAAAGUCCGGGUUACAUAACUGUGUUCACAAGGUACGGGACGCGAGCUCCCACAGCACCGUGACCUUCGCCAUGACCAGGAUGCACCUGUACCUCCUCGCAGACCACCUUGCACUCAAAUCCACCGCCCAGAGCAACAAGAACAUCCUGCAAACCCUGAGCUGGCACAACGCUGUAGAGAGAUUUUUGAUGGUACGUCCAGCUUGCCGUCAAGAUGAGAGGCUCUUGGUGGACAUUUUGUCAUUCCUCAACACCUUCUUCAAGCAGAACCAGUCUGAACUGGACCACCAGGACCUAAAAUGGCUCUUAGAAUUACUCCUAAACCAGGAGUCGCACACCCUGCUGAACUUGUUGCUGAGUGGUGAAGCGCAGACCCACACACGGAUCCAGUCACAGGGGGAAGCGGACAAGCUCCAGGCCCACCUCAGUCACCGGCUACAGAGAGAACUGACAGGCCUCUUCAACACUCUGCUGCUUCGAAUGACACACACUUCUGACAGGAUUUGUGAGGUUCUGUCUGGACCGUUUGCCUCUGAACUGUCACUGCGCCUGCUACAGUGCCUACGCUUGUCCGAUGCUCCAUGCUUCUAUGGCCUGCCAUCUCUAGAGCGCACUCUCAGGACCAUGGCCCAUGUGACCGCCCUGCCUGGCUGGAGCACACACACACCCAACAUGGAGCCAAACACACUCUGCCUCAAGUACCUCAGUGGCCUCUUGGAAGUCAUCUCUUCAUUCUACGUAGAUUUGGGAGGAAACUCGAUGUCCUUCAUGGGCAAAGGAGUGACAAAAAACGCAGUUAUCUGCCUGCUUCAUCUGUCACAUGAGAUGAAGGAAAGUAAAAAUGAGGACUGGAUAUUUUUGUGGUCUCUGGGCCGUGAGCAAAGUUCUGAUGGGCAGAGUGCCACCCAGCUUGGCUUGGCCUGGUUAAUUCCUCUGUGGGUGGACCGAGACCCUGAGGUCCGCUGUGCCAGCCUGGCUGUGGGUGCGGCUCUGAGUUCGCUGGAGAGAGGGUGUGUGGCGUUGUCAGAGAGUUGCCAGAACAUUUCAGGAGGUCUGUGGGCCGCGUUACUCAACAUCCUGCUGGAAAGACAGGAGUGCAGUAUGGUGCGCCGAGAGGCAGCGUUUAUUUUGCAAAACCUCCUUGUGAUGCCAAUGCCUGCUAAUGCAGAAGAGGCCAAAGAGAGUGCCUGGCAGAGCCCCUGUGUGCAUGAUGAGGAUUCAGGCCUGUGUCUGGUCGGGCUUCCUGCCCUGCAGGCUCUGUUGUACCACUGCCAGUUUUUUGAGAGCGUGGGCCAGAUGGUGAAGAGCUGUUACAUGGGCAGACAUGCCUUCACCCUCAGCCCCCCUCCACCGCCAGCCAAUGUCACCCAGGGUACGGCGUCCACGCGCCCAGAGCACUGCCAGCUAUUAGUGGAUAUUCCAUCAGGUAGCUCUAGUGGGACUCAUUCUCCAGUUCCGACCUCAGCUGUUGCUGGAAUCCAGGACACUCCAGUCAACAGACUCACUGCUCAAGGCCAGAGUGACACGGACAGCUCAGACUCCGCCCUCACUCAUGAGUCCCACCCAGGGGGGAUGACCGAGCCUGGUGCUAUAGUAACCCCUCACCUGUUGCUAGCAGUAUGCGGUUUACUGGACAACCUGCUGGCUGUGCUUCCUGAGUUUAGUCUAUCUGCCCUCAAACAGAACCAAAUACUUGAGAACAUGGCCAGUGUUGUUGAUGCAGCGGCCAUAUCUCAGUGUGUCAAUGAGUUAAGGAUACCUCUCCUGCCAGCUGCUAUGGAAGAUGCCAGGAACCAGGUGCUGAGUAGUGUGUAUUAUGUGCAAAGUUUGUGUAAGCUCCUGCAGUCAGCAGCAAUACACAGUGAGGAUAUGCCGUUCCACCGAGAGAUCUUCAAACCCCUGCUGAACAACCUCAUUUCCAUCCUCACGCUGUCUGUCGCUGACUUGGAUGCACAGGCCCAGGGUGCAAUGCUCAACGCCUGGGCGGAUGUGUUGAUGCUCCUGGCUACUUUGCUGCGCAGGAACCAAGCUGCAGUCGGCCCAUCUGUCGGUGUGGCACUGGGGAAACACUGGCAGCGCUUUUUAGACACUCUCCGAGUGUGUUUGGACCAAUCGGGCACCGAGUCUUCUCUCUACACAUCGACCCUGCACUUUCUGUGUGUGCUGUUCACAGAGGAGGCUAAGAGGAGAUCAGGAGGUCACACGGAGGAUCGAGCCAGCUCCUCGCUAACUGCAGUCCUUUCUUCUGAGCCUGGGGAGGUCAUUUGUGAACUAUUACUAGAGCAAUAUGAGAAGAUUCCAUUCCAGGACCCCUUGAAAAAGAUGACGGCCAAAGCGCUCAUGUCUCUGUUAGCCUGUAGCUCCAGCGCUCAGAGUUAUGCAUGUAAAGCUGGUGAGAUUGACAGCUGUGUGGAACGCAUGAAGCACAUUUACGCAGAGCUUCACCUGGAGUCUGUGAAAACGGGCAAGAGUGCUCACAGGAGGAAGGUGGAGAACAGCACGAGAGAGCUUAAGAUGAUUCUAGAGAUACUGCGAAAUUGCCUGUAUCAACAUAAUGAAUGCAAAGCUGUGGCUACAGAGCUGUGUCUGGCAGCGGUGCUGAUGGCUCUGUGGCCCUGGUUCCUGCUCGACGAUCUCACCAUGACAGCAGCCCUGGAACUGCUCUGUGUCUACACGGCUAACUGCACAGUGGCAUGCAGUGCUUUAUGUAGUAGCAGCAGCAGUGGUAGCUCUGGCUCAGUUCAGGCUGUUCUUCCUAAGACUGCGGUCACAAAUUCACUGAUGCAUGGGGUGAUGAAACUGGCCUCCCAGGUUGCCCCUGACAACAGCAGCAUCCACAGUCUGGCUUUCUCACUGCUGGCCAACUUGGCCAUCUCAAGGGACUGUAGAGGGGUACUGCUGAAGAGUAACUUCCUGCAGCACUUCCUGUCUCUCCCUAUGCCUAAGGCAGGUGGUCGAAGCGGCAGUCCGGCGGCGGAGCCUAUGUUCCUCUGGCUCAAGCUGCUGCUGAACAUGUCGUUUGGGGAGGACGGACAGCAGAUGAUCCUCAGGCUCCGAGGGGCUUUGGAGCUGCUGGUCGGACUGGCCCAGUCCAAACACUCCAGCUCUAAACCCACCAUCCUGCUCAUUCUCCACAACAUCUGCUUCUGCUCCGCUAACAAGCCCAAAGUUUUAGCCAAUGAUAAAGCUGUUGAGCUGCUAAUAUCUUGUUUGGGCAGUAGCUCAUCAGAAAUACGUACCAUAGGAGCUUCUGCGCUUUGGGCUCUGUUGCACAACAAUCAGAAGGCAAAGGCCACUUUGAAGUGUCCUUCCAUCAGACUGAAAGUUGAAGAGGCAUACAUGUCUGCCAGGAAAGAUGAAGAGCAGACAAGUGACAAACCCCUGAAUGUCUAUCUUCUGAAGUGCCUGAGAAAUCUCACACACAUCUUCAGCUCCUAAGUGCCUCUCUGAGAUCAUGAAAGUCACCUAAUAAUGUCAAUGUUUAUUUAUGUUUUGGUACAAUAUGGAAUAUUUCAUUCUGAGUUUUUGUAUAUUUGUUUUGUUUUGUAGCAAAUCAAUAAAUGAGCUGGUUUUACAGUAGACGCCUCUCCAUUCUUCAACUGUAAAAAAUUAUCAAAUGCACUGUAAAAAAAA